AUGAUGGUUUCCAUUCUUAGCAUAGUCCAACUCUGCUCUCUGUGCGAGGCACUGUUAAGCGACAUCUCUCAGCCAGUUUCCUUCCAAGCAGUAAAUCUAGGAGACGCAGUUACCAUCACAUGUCACAUUCAACAUGUUGCAUCACGGAUGCGAGUGUGGUACAAACUGACCUCUGGCAGAAGACUGCAGCUGGUGGCCUCAACAGAUACUCUGUACAACCUGACAACCUUCAAAGAGCCGACUCGCCAUUUUUUAGUAAAAUCUGAAAGCUUCAAGAGUCAUCUGACCAUAUCUAAGACUACACGUGAGGACACCGGUACCUACUACUGUGGAGUGUUAACACUGAAUAAUGUUCAGUUUGGACAAGGAACUUUUCUCUUCAUUAAAGGUACAAACCUGAUCAGUGACUCUGUCAUCCAGCAGCCAGAGUCUCAGACAGCACAGUCAGGAGACUAUGUGACUCUCACCUGCUCAGUUCAUGCUGCUCAGUGUGCACCAGAACAUACGAGUGUCAUGUGGCUGAAAAACUCUGGUUAUUCUGCUCCAGAGAUGAUUUACGCCUCUGGAUAUGAGAACAACACCUGCCAGUGGACUGAAAGUGGAAAAACCAUCUGUGUGUACACCCUCAGCCUGGACGAUGCAGGGGUCUACUACUGUGCUGUGACUUCAUGUGGACAUACAAUGUUUGGAAAUGGGACCAGGAUCAAAAUUCACAAUGCUGGUCUCAUCAAAUCACUUGACGUGAGCCCCACUUUUAUUGUGCUGCUGCUUUCAAACUUUAUCCUUGGGUUAGCAACACUUCUACUUCUAUGGGCACAUUGCAAGAACCACAGAAAAGAGGCCGCAAGUAUGUAA